CACACACACACGCUACUUGCGCAGAAGGAUUCGGAAAGGCUACUGGGAAAUCAAUAACAAAUCGACAAUAACAGGGAGCUGGCCCGUUCUUCCGCGUUAUUCUGCGGCUGUGGAACACAUUAUUACAUAUUCGUGGAUUCGUACUUUUACCGGAUUCGGAUAACGUUUGGGGCCUACAGAGUUGCAGAAAUGAGUCAGUGGUUGGAGCUUCAGCAACUGGAUUCGAAGUUUUUGGAACAGGUCGACCAACUGUACGAUGACAGCUUUCCGAUGGCCAUCCGGCAGUACCUCAGCUGCUGGAUAGAAAGCCAUGACUGGGACCAUGUUGCUAAUGUGGAGAAUGAGUCGCUGGCAACCGUGCGGUUUCAUGAUCUUUUGACCCAGUUGGAUCACCAACACAGCCGCUUCGCGAUGGAGAAAGACUUCCUGAACCAGCACAAUAUCCGCAAAAUUAAGAGGAACUUGCAGACCCUCUUCCAAGACAAUCCCGUUUCAAUGGCGAUGAUCAUCAGUAGGAACCUUUGCGAGGAGAGGAAGAUUCUGGCUGCUGCCCAAGUGUCAGAGAAUCGCACCGAAAACACCCAAAAUGACAUGAUCGUGGAGAAACAUCGAGAGAUGGAUGGAAGGGUGAAAGACAUAAAGAUGAAAGUACAGGACACAGAGCAGACUAUCAAAAAUCUAGAAGACCAGCAAGAUGAAUACGACUUCAAGAGCAAAACUCUACAAAGCAGAGAGGAACUGAACGGGACAAUUUCAAAGGAAGACCUGAACCGUGAGAGAUUGACUAUCCAUGCCAUGUUUGUGAAACUCAACGAAACAAGAACGAAAGUGAUCACUCACAUGUCAGAGGUGUUGAACAAUAUGGAUCCGGUGGUCUUUGAGCUAAUCUCAACAGAACUGCCCGAGUGGAGACGCCGUCAACAGAUGGCUUGCAUCGGUGGACUAACCAAUGUCUGCUUGGACCAGCUCCAGAACUGGUUUACUUCUCUAGCAGAAUCUCUGCUUCAGCUCAGGCAGCAGCUCAAGAAACUUCUGGAGCUGGAGCAGAAAUUCACAUAUGAAAAGGAUCCCAUCACCCUCAGCAAAAGCACUCUGGACGACAGGAUCAUGAUGAACUUCAAAAACCUCAUCACAAACUCCUUGGUAGUCGAGCGACAGCCAUGCAUGCCGACCCAACUGCAAAGACCUUUGGUGCUGAAGACGGGUGUUCUGUUCACCCUCAAAUUACGGCUGCUCAUAAAACUUCAGGAAUUCAACCACACUGUUCGGGUGAAGGUGCAAUUCGACAAGGAUAUUGUUGAGAAACGGAAAGGGUUUCGCAUGUUCAACAUCUUGGGAACGGCCAUGAAGGUGAUGAACAUGGAGGAAUCCAAUGGGAUGGCAGCAGAAUUCCGUCAUCUGCAACUGAAAGAGAAGAAAGUUACCGGAAACAGAACAAGUGAGGGCCCUCUGAUCGUCACGGAGGAACUUCACUCCAUCACCUUUGAGGCUGAGCUCUGCUGGUCUGGAAUGGUCAUGAACUUCGAGACCACAUCUCUGCCCAUAGUUGUGAUCUCCAACGUCAGUCAGCUCCCCAGUGGAUGGGCCUCCAUCAUGUGGUACAACAUGCUGACUUCUGAACCAAAGAACCUUGCGUUCUUCGUGACUCCUCCUUCAGCCACGUGGGGGCAUCUAUCAGAAGUGCUGAGCUGGCAGUUCUCCUCCAUCACCAAAAGAGGUCUUAACCAAGAACAGUUAAGCAUGCUGGGUACCAAACUCCUUGGACCUAAAGCGGUGAUGGAUCCUGAAGCUCAGAUUCCUUGGAAUAGAUUCUGCAAGUCUGGCAGUGAGAAGAACUUCACCUUCUGGCUGUGGAUUGAAGGAAUUUUGGACUUGAUAAAGAGACACCUGCUGAGUCUGUGGGAUGAUGGAUGUAUAAUGGGCUUUGUGACCAAAGACCGAACUAAAGCUCUGCUACAUGACAAAUUGUCCGGGACAUUUCUGUUGCGCUUCAGCGAGAGUAACCGUGACGGAGCCAUCACCUUCAGCUGGGUUGAACACGACGCAAACGAAGAGCCGCAGAUUCGCUCCGUUGAGCCCUACACGAAGAAGGAACUCUCUGCCGUCUCACUUCCUGACAUCAUCCGCAAUUAUCGCGUGAUGGCGGCCGACAACGUCCCAGAAAACCCUCUGCGCUUCCUAUUUCCCAACUUACCCAAAGACGAGGCCUUCAAAAAAUACUACUCCAAACCUACCGACAAGCAAGAACCAAUGGAUGUGGAUAAGAAGUUACAUGAGGGAUACAUAAGCACCACUCUCAUCUCCAUCUCUGAAAUGCAGCCACAAGACUAUAACGACACACUCAUGCCAAUGUCGCCUGAGGUUUAUGGCGAGCUGGAGCGCAUGAACCGAUAUGUCACCGAUUCAUUAAAUUUUGAGGUAGAGUACUAUCAUUCCUAUCCCUCAGACUUGAGUCUCUCGUAA